AUGGAGAGUGGAAUGGUAUCAGUGGAUCGUUGGAUUGCUGGAAGCCAAGUUUACUUUCUAACUCACAUUCACGCGGACCAUGUACGUGGACUCACUCCUAAAUGGACACGUGGACCCCUUUACUGCUCCCGCAUCACUGCUAAGCUUUUUCCCAUCAAAUUCCCUGGAUUUGACUUUUCUCUAAUUCGUAUUGUUGAAAUUGGUCACUGGCACUCUGUUUCUCUACUUUCUUCUUCAUCUGGAGCAGUAAUGUAUCUGUUUCGUGGUGAAUUUGGCUGCACACUGUAUACUGGGGAUUUUCGUUGGGAGAGCACAAGUGAGAGAGCACAAACUGGAAAGACCACGCUGCUUAAAGCUAUGGAGGAUGUAAAGCUUGACAUGCUUUUCUUGGAUAACACUUACUGUAACCCUACAUACUGUUUUCCUUCACGUGAAGUUGCUGCAAAACAGGUUUUAAGCAUCAUAUCCUCUCAUCCUAAUCAUGAUAUUAUCAUUGCUGUUGAUACACUGGAGAAAGAAAAUCUUCUGCUGUGGCACACAAAUAUUACCACACCAAAUGGAGAUCCGUUAACUGCAGGGAGAUGUGAUCAGUACAUAUAUACAGUUCUAUAUUCUGAUCACUCAUGCUUGCCGGAGUUACAAAAAUUUGUUGAGUUUCUGAAGCCAAUUAAUAUCAAUGGCAUUGUAUCUUCAACUGCUUCUUAUGUUGACCCCCUUUACCACUUUGGAAGCCUUUGUCGAAUCCAACAAGCAUCAGAGCUCUUAUGCCAGAGGCUCAAAAGUAAAAGAUACGAAAAAAUUGGAGUCACUGACACGAAGUCUCCCUUUGGGCACCAGUACAAUGCAAUUAGGGAGGAAAAGGAGAAAUUUCUGGUGCAGGUUCUGAAGUCAUUUCAUUGUGUGUAA